AUGGCUUCCCAGACCAACUCCAGCCUUGCGAUGGCUCUUGCUGGCAAGACUGCCUCUGUUGAUAUCCCCCAACCCCGUUCCGGUCUCGCUGAAGGUGGCCGCGCCCCUUCUCGCCUCGGACAACUCGCCAUGUUGCCUACGCCACCCAACUCCAUCUCACCCACCCUCCCUCCUCAAGCCUUCAAACAUCGCCCAGCCCUGUCGCCUGGGUCGCCUCUCUCCACGGUGCCCCAGCUGGACUCGGAUAUCGAUCUGCAGGACGCGGUCGAGCAUGCGAACAGCCAGAACCAGCCCCAGCCGAGCCAGGAGUUGGAGAGCGCCGGCGCGAUUACGCCCACGAUGCUGGCCAAAUACCACCUGCCCGAGAUCUUGCUGCAGCAGGGUCCCAUGGCCAUUCGCCACGUCAUGGGCGACCUGACGACGUCUGUCCCGGGGUUCUCGCGCAUCCCUCCCGCCAAAGCGCGUCGGCUCGUCGUGGCCGCGUUGGAAAGUCGGGGCAGUGGCGACGCCGGCGAUGCAGAUGGCGAUGUCAUCUUCGAAAAAAUCGGCUGGGGUCGCUGGGACGCGCGCCGUCGUGGAGAGCCUGCGCGCGAUCGCUCCUGCAACGCGUCGUCGCCUGCCUCCAGCCUGGCAGACUCGUUCCAGCAGCGCGGCUUGCAGAUCCAGGGCCGUCCUGGCUGGACGCAACGCAGGGACCCCUACGGUGCGAGCAUGCCCGAUUCCACCGCGUUCUCGUAUACCGAGGAUUACGGAGGCUAUGAGGACCUCGACAUGCUUGAACAUGAGGCCGACAAGAUGUCGCUAGACGGCGACGGCCGCGAGUACUGCUCUUCCUCUGAAGCGCCUGACGAAAUGCAGGACGAAGAGUUUGACGAAGGUGAUGUGACCGACGAGGAGGACUGGAAGCAGAUCGGUGCAGACGCCUUGCGCGCCCGCUCGCUCAACGGUGGCGGCGGCUUUGUCCGCAACCAUGUCGCGGCCCGCGCGAAGCCACAGCCUCCCGGCCUGGUUGGAAAUGGCCCUCCCUCGGCGAUGGCCAAGUCGGCGCCCCGCACCUUCGAUACCCAGGAACGCGCCGCGGUGGAAGCCCUUCUCCGGCUGGGCUCGAUGUAG